AUGGAUCAUAUAAACAAAUUCUAUUCAUAUAUAUUCUGUGAAAAUUUUGAAAAGCAUGCAACAUGGGCAAGUAGCUUUGUUAAAAUUGGUGAGCAGCGAAUUAUUAAACAAACGCAAGAUCUCUUCGAUCGAAUUACUAAUGAUAUUCGUCAUGUACUCGAUGCGAAGGUUUCAAUAAAUAUUUUUAAUCAAGGAAACGGGCAGUCAACUCAAGAUUUAGAUGAAGAAGGUGCUUCAGCUAUGUGGUUUCAACUUAUGAUCGAUGUUUUGAUAAAAAUGGAGGAGAAAUAUGAUACCAAGAAUGAAAUGGCAUUUCUAUGUGAUUUACUUAACGUGAAUAAUAUGAAGAUACGGGAACAAAUUGCCGAUUUUACAAAAAAUUACCAGCCUGAAAAUGCCGUGUCGUGGUAUACCGGAGAUAAAUUCCUCUAUCGAUUAUUAAAUAAAGCACUUCGCCUCAAACACAUUAAUGUGAUUUAUCCAUUUCGCUUUUUUAUUGCUGAUCUUCACCGACAACUGUGCCAAUUACAUAAAGAAUUUAUAGAUUUGAUCUGUACCGACAAAUUGACUGUGUAUCGUGGACAAAAGUUACACAUAGGUGAGAUCCGAAAAUUAGAAAAGAAUAAGAAUGGAUUGAUAUCGUUCAAUACUUUUUUAUCAACAACGACGAACCGUGGUCUGGCGUUAAGUUUCGCGGGUAAUGAGAAAGAUGAAUCAGUCUUAUUCAUCAUUGAAAUUGAUAUACUUUUAAAUACUAAAAUUCCUUUUGGUAGUAUCGCCUAUGUUAGUCGCUUUUCAGAAGACGAAGUUCUCUUUUCUAUUGGAGCGAUCUUUCGAAUUUCAAAUGUGAAACAAAUUGAAAAUAUAUAUCAAAUUACGUUGAAAAUCAGUGAUCAGGAAAACGAAGAAAUGAAACGUCUAUUUGCCUUUUAUUACAAGCAUUAUAAAAUCAAUGAACCUACCUCCUUAAUUACGUUGGGCUUGUGUCUUCAUCAAAUGGGUCAAUAUGAUCAAGCAGCACAUUAUUAUCGAUUGAUGCUAUACAGUUCUGAUAUACUUUCUAAUUAUGAUAUGCAAGCUAAACUUUACACGCAACUUGGUUAUGUGGCUAAAACUCAAGGUGACUAUAGGCAAGCUAUUACGGAAUAUAAUCAAGCCCUAGAUCUUAUUUUGAAACAUAAUCCAACUAACCACGAAGAUCUAUUUGACAUCUAUAAUAACCUAGGAGUAGCCCAUCGAUAUCUUUCCGAAUUUGAUCAUGCCUUAAAGUUUGCGUAUGAGGCAUUCGACGCACAAGCCAAGUUCGCAGAAUCCAGCGACGUUUCACUUUCUACAGUAUACAAUACUUUCGGGCACGUGUAUCUUAGUAAAAAAGAUUACUUAAAGGCUGAAGAACAUUUUCAGAAGGCUUUAAAUGUCUUUAUUAAUUCAUCCACAAUUCCAUACAACCAUCCGAAUCGAGCAACUUUACUAAGUAAUAUAGCCCAUCUUUACAGAGACAUGGGACGAAAUGAUGAAGCUAUAAUUAAGUUAAACGAGAUAUUAACAUUUCAGUUGAAAGUAUUACCUGAAAAUCAUAUACACAUUGGACGUACUUACAAUAAUCUUGCUUGCGUUUAUUUGAGUAAGAAUCAACAUUAUAAAACUGCGCUUCGCUGUUUAAAGAGAACAUUAUCCAUUUAUUUGGAAAAUUUACCUCUUAACCAUCCUUGGAUUGCUCUAGUUUACAUGAAUAUAGCAUGGACAUAUUACGGUCGUAAAAUGUAUUUAAUCGGAUGGUUAUACGCUAGAAAAGCAAUGGGUCGAAUAAAUGACUUUCCAGAGGCAGAUCCUAAUCGUAAGCGAUGUACAGAAGUAUUCGAUAGCGUACAAGGACAACUAAGCUACAUUCUUUCGACAUUGAUUAUUGGUUUUAACGGGAUUGAAGCACUUAGCGAAACUGAUUUUAUGGAUUUAUAUUAA